AUGCAAGCUUCGUGGCAAUAUAUUCUCCUUGUUUCACUUUUUGCAGUAGCCUAUGGAAAGUUUGAGACAAGCAAUAUUCGAUCUAUCUCUAGUGGACUCUCAUUUGGAAUGUGCCGUGGUUAUUGUCAAUCGUCAAUUAAUGCAACAGGAAAUCCAUCUGAAGUAAUUGCUUCAAAACAACCAAACUUUGUUGAUGAAUCGUAUCCACCAGUUCGACAACAAUUUUCAUUUUCAUCGACUGAAUGGGAACAACUUGUCUCUCUUGUAGAUCUCAAGGUAUUUACCGCAUUGGCUGAUACUAUUGGGUGUCCUGGUUGUGCUGAUGGUGGCAUAGAAUGGAUUCAGAUUGAUUGGACAGAAGGAACUAAACGGGUGACAUUUGGAAGUCGAAAUGGUGUCAAAGGAAUUGCAUCACUUGUUGAAACAUUACGACAAAUGAGAGAGCAAUACCUUUCUCAAUUUUAA